UUGUCAGAGCCCCGCCCCUUCGCCCCGCCCACUUCCUCCGCCUGACCUGCAGUCUACAAAAGACCCCAGCUUUGCACGUCUUUGCAGACAAACCCUUCUUUACUGAAGCUUCCUCUGCAGCAUUCGGAUCAAAAAAAGUACAUCAAAAUGGCAAUGACUCUGGCUUACUGGGACAUCCGCGGGCUCGCUCAGCCCAUCCGCCUCCUGCUGGAGUACACAGGAACCAGCUACGAGGACAAGUUUUAUGUCUGUGGAGAAGCUCCCAACUAUGACAAGAGCUGCUGGUUUGAUAUAAAAGAAAAACUUGGAAUGGACUUCCCUAAUCUUCCCUACUUGUUGGAUGGCGACAGGAAGAUUGUUCAGAGCAAUGCGAUCAUGAGAUACAUCGCUCGUAAACACAACUUGUGUGGAGAAACCGAAGAUGAGAAAGUUCGGGUGGAUAUAAUUGAAAACCAGGCCAUGGAUUUUAGGAACGGCUUCGUCAGGAUGUGCUACACAGACCUGGAUAAGAUGAAACCAGGCUACCUCAAGGCACUGCCUUCCGUUUUGAAGCAAUUCUCAGAUUUUCUGGGAGACAAGGAUUGGUUUGCAGGGGAAAAGAUCACUUUUGUGGACUUCUUAAUGUACGAACUGCUGGAUCAGCACAGGAUGUUCCAUCCUUCCUGCCUUGAUGACUUCAAGAAUCUGAAAGACUUUCUGGACCGUUUUGAGGCUCUGGAGAAGAUUUCUGCCUACAUGAAGUCUGACAGAUUCAUGAAGACUCCGGUCAACAACAAGAUGGCCAAAUGGGGAAACAAGAAGGAGUAAAGAAGGAAAUAAUGCUCUGAAGCUUCAACAAGCAGUCCUCUCUAGAUCCCAGCGUUAGGCAAAUAUCAAUUAUCUUUACAAGCUGAUUGCUUAUGUCAGCAGUAAAUGCAUGAAAGGAAAACUAACUUUUUUUUUUUUCUGGAUUUAAAACAAAAAAAGAACCGACUUUGUACUUUGACGUGAAAGCAACACCUUUAAUUGUAGUAAAGAUACGUUACAUUUUGUGAAUAAAGUCAAAUUUUCAUAA